AUGUCGUCCACCGCUACCGCCACCGCCACCGCCACCGCCACCGCCGCCUCCUCGGCAUCCUCGAGUAUUCAGUUUGCUGGUGCACGCAAGGUUCCUGCCAAGAUCAACUACAUGUCUCGUACCGUCAAGAAGCCUUUCACCGCUCUCUAUACUCCCGAGGAUGGUAUACUUGACAAUCACCUCUACGACUCGCCCACCGUAGAGAUCACCGACCUCCGCGGCACAUCUCGUGCCCAACGCGAACAAGCCGGCCUCAACGUCCGCCAAGCUGGUUUCGAGAUCAUCUCAGGCUUUGGCUCUCCCGAGACCGAGAAAGCUUGGGCUGAGCACAAGUGGGAGGAGACCAAGUGGAUCGAAUCAACUUACUAUGCCGAUAUCGACAAGAUCUUCAAAGAUAAGCUCGGCGUCACCUCCACCUUCAUCUUCGACCACACCGUUCGCAAGCGUCGAUCCAAGGAAGAAGAGGCUCUUCCCGAAACUCCCGACUCGCGCAAGCCAGUGCCCAUGGCUCAUUCCGAUCAGAGUCGAUGGGCCGGUGAGAACCGUAUCCUUAAGCAUCUUGGUCAACAGACGCUCGAUAAGGUCAAGCGAGGCGAACUUCAGGCUCAAUUGAUCAACCUUUGGAGACCUCUCCGUGGGCAGGCUUGGGAUAUGCCUCUUGCUUUUGCCGAUAGCCGAACUGUUUCCAGAGGUGAGAAUGGCGAGCCAAAGGACUGGAUCCAGACCGAACUUCGCUACCCGACCUGGUCUGGAGAGACUCUUUCCAUCUACUCCAACCCAGCUCACCGUUGGUACUACAAGUCUGGUCUCGGCACAGAUGAGGCUAUCCUCCUUAAGUGCUACGAUUCAGUCGAUGAGACAAGGACUCCUCAUACUGCCUUCGAGGACCCAACGACUCCCAAGCAUGCAGAGCCCCGAUGGUCGGUCGAAGUCAGAGUCUUGGCGAUCACUGAUCCUGCUCUCAAGAAGUGA